GAGCGCUUACGUUGAUAACGCAAGCGUCUAGGGGUUUGUUGUUGUUGUUGUGAAAUUGACAAGAUACACGUGAAUACUUGGCAAUUUUGGUUGCUUCUGUCGCUCUUUAAAAAUGCCAAAAGAAAGGGUUCAGAAAAAAUCUCGGCAACAUGCUGAAGUUCAAAAACAAGGAAUCAACUUCAACAAGGAGUUUGGUCAGCACAUCCUGAAGAACCCGCUAGUUGUGAACAGCAUGGUGGAAAAGGCAGCUCUGCGACCCACGGAUGUUGUGCUAGAGAUCGGGCCGGGUACCGGAAACAUGACUGUGAAACUGCUGGAGAAAGUGAAGAAGGUGAACGCUUGUGAAAUAGACCCCAGACUUGUUGCAGAACUUCAGAAGCGAGUCAUGGGCACGCCAUAUCAGUCCAAGUUGCACGUUAUUGUUGGAGAUGUUAUCAAAACAGACCUGCCUUUCUUUGAUGUCUGUGUGGCUAACAUGCCUUACCAGAUAUCCUCACCUUUUGUCUUCAAACUGCUACUCCAUAGACCAUUUUUCAGGUGUGCUGUUCUGAUGUUUCAACGAGAGUUUGCACAGCGUCUCGUGGCUAAACCAGGGGACAAGUUGUACUGUCGACUGUCUGUGAACACACAGCUACUGGCCCGAGUUGACCAUUUAAUGAAGGUUGGAAAAAAUAAUUUCCGCCCUCCUCCUAAAGUGGAGUCCAGUGUAGUCAGAAUAGAGCCACGUAACCCUCCUCCACCCAUCAAUUUUCAGGAAUGGGAUGGCUUGGUACGAAUCUGUUUCUCCAGAAAGAAUAAAACCAUUGGUGCCUCCUUCAGAUUUACUAAAGUAUUAGACAUGCUGGAAAAGAAUUACAGAGUUCACUGCUCUUUGAACAAUAUUCCCAUUCCUCCAGAGUUUGAUGUGAAAACCAAGGUGAAUGAGAUACUUACCAGCAAAGAGUAUGAUUCCAAGCGGCCGAGACAGAUGGACAUUGAUGACUUCUUGGGGUUGCUGAACUGUUUCAAUUCAGCAGGAUUUCAUUUCUCAUGACACUGCAGUAGGUCUCCAUGAUAUUGCAGAAAGCCUCAAGAAAAACACAACAAACCCUGUCUAUCACUGUUCACCAAAACAGUUGUGUGUUAUGAGGCUAGACUGUAACCAGGCAUGACUUUAACAUGAUUGUAUCAAAGACUAUGCUGCAUAGUAAUGUUGAUUUUGAAUUAAUAAUAUUUGUAUUUGAAUUGCCAUUUAAUACGUUAUAGUUACAUGUUAUUGUUGUGGCAUCAAGAGAAUGCACACAUAAAUUGUACCUAACUGAUUAAUCAAAUUAAACUAUAAGUAUAAUUUAAUUUAAUUGAAGCAAUGUGCUUUCCUGUGCAUGUUGUGUACUGCAUAGUAUAUAUGUGUAAAACAUCUAAAGCAGUUAUUUAAGUGGGUAAAUUACUUUUUUUUUCAGGCAAAUUCACCAUCAUUAUUAAAGUAAAGCCAGCAAUUAAGUUUUUGUUUAAUAUAUAUGUUAGUUAACAUUAUAUUUCUGCUUACAGGAAUGUUAAUGUCAAUAUUGUUGAACUGUAUUGUACAUUCACAAAUGCAUGACUUAACACUGAUGAUUUUUAUAUAAUCAAACAUGCAGGGGCUUGUUGUUUGUAUUCUGUCAGUUGCAAUGUCAAGCAGAAUGUACACUAAUUUUGCAUUUGUGCAGGUUAAUGUAGUUGUAAAUAUGUAAAUUAAAUGCUUACAGAUUCUGUUAUCGUAUCAAAUAAACUCGAUUUAAUUUUACUGAUAUUGUAUUUAUCGCAGUUAGAUAUAUAUCACACAUUUAAAACUUUGAUAAGGGCGUAACUUUAGCCAUAUAGAUGUUUAACACAUUUUGAGGUGCAAAAUAACUAGUAAAAACAGGUUCCUAUGACAAAGGUCAAGGUCAGAUAUGAGAAAAAAUUAUGUAAUUUAGACUUUGUACAUGUAAAUACAUGUACUAGUGCAUAUGUAUGUAUACUUUUGUUAUUGCAUGCCAUUCUUGAAAUGUGAAGAAAUGCCAUAUCUGAACAGGCGUGGCUUUAACUGUACUAUGCUGGACGACUGUCAAAUAAAAUAAUAAAUAAACUCCUGAAACGUU